AUGGCCUCAGUCGACAUGCUCAGCGCCUUGCCCGACGAAAUCCUCUCUCACGUCCUCUCUUUCCUCCCCUUCAAAACCUCCGUCUCCGCCAGCACCCUCGCCGCAAGAUGGAGGUUUUUAUGGGCUUAUGCCCCUAACAUAGAUCUAGGCGAAUCGAAUUCGAUGAGAGAGGAGUCAAUUCACGAACAUAGAAAGUUCAUAGACGUCCUCACAAAGAUUCUAUCCCAAUGUGAAGCGCACAGCGUGAACGCCCUUCGCCUUAAUAGGGAAUUCUUCCUCGAGCGUGAAUUUAAGGCGUGUCUCGAGCGCGCCUUUGCGUGCAAGAUGAAAGCUCUCGAUCUUACGUUGUGGUCCGGCUCUCAGUUUUUGCCCCCUUGCGUGCUCACCUCCGAAACCCUAGUUGAUUUGAAGCUCAAUUCUCUCAAAAUUAAGAUAAAGAAUGGCACCGUGUGCUUACCAGCCCUCAAGAGGCUUCGUCUUGAGUAUGUUGCUCUUUAUGGCUCCCUUGAAAACCUAAUUUCCGGUUGUCCGGUGCUUGAGGAGUUCACUGUUCAUUCCUAUAUCUCUGUUGUCGUUGACGACACUGUGGUUCCUGACUCGAACACUGUCUAUUUGAACAUAAAGUUUCACAAUUUAGCCAAACUCAUGGUGAAUGGUGAUUGGUGUUGCAUCUCAUAUUUCGUGGAGAAGGCUAACACUCUUCAAGUCCUUAAUGUCAUACAAGACCGAGAACAUGUACCCCUCCAGCUGUUGCCUCCUAAAUGCUUGCUGGCCAAUUCAGUCUUGAAGCUUCACAAUUUAACAAAACUCGAAUUGAGUGUCGAAGGGUGGUUUCUCUCAUAUUUCCUAGAGAAGGCUGAUAAACUUAAAGUCCUUAUUAUCUCUAGGGCUUAUUUUAUUCAAAAGCGCUGGCUGGCGGCUCCCCUCCAAGUGCCUAAUUGCCUUUCGUCACAUCUUAAAAUAGUACAAAUUCAUGAAUUGGACAGAACAGAGCAUGAACUCGACAUGGUUAGAUAUCUCUUGAAGAAUGCUAAAGUCCUGGAGAGGAUGGAAAUACACUGCUUAGCAGAAUCAGUCGAGAGAAUUUCAUCAUUUGAUCGAGGAUCUGAGAUAUGUUAG